CUCUUGAUGGAUGGACUUCGAAGCGUGGAGAUUCUAUAUUUAGCUAUAUUGUAACAACUAUGGAGCGAAGAGAAUAUUUAAUUGCAGUAAAAAAUUAUUCUUCAAAGUCUCAUACUGGCAAUUUUUUGGCUUCAUAA